CUUCAUUUCCCGGGAAGGACGAGCAAAGAUCGGCCAUGACGCCAACAAUCGGCAGGAAGAAGUCGACUCUUCGGUGAUCAGCAGGAGGACCACGUGGUGCUCUUUACGCGCAGCCGCUUUACGCACGACCUUAGGAUGAGCAGAGCCGGUGACGUCACGGAGGGGGGCUACGCGGAGCCGCAGUCGUCCUACGGAGACUCCGCGGCGUCUUCCGGCGGCGGCGGCGGCGACGUCUUCCCGGCCUGCAGCCUGCUGGACACUCCGCACCUGUUCGAGCGCGCAGGUGACGUCACGCCCUGGGAGCACCUGGCCAAAGUCCAGCAGGGCACAGGUGCGUCCGCGCCGGAGAGUCAGGACGGCGCGGGUUCGAGUCUGGUGGCGGCGUGCAAGUUCAUCAAGGACGAGGAGGAAAGUUCCGUCAUCAUGGAGGCGCCUUGUCCGGAAGUCCUGCAUGACACCUGCCGGAAGCAGAGCCAGUUCGGCUUCGGUGAUCCGGAGUUCGGCCCGGUGUGUGCCAGAGGGUCGCCGGUCUUUGUGCACCAGGCGGACGGCAAGGGGAGCCUGCACCUGGACGCACACCUGGCCGUGUACAAGGGCGACCUUCCCCGCUGGCAGGUGCCCGUCAGUCCCGCUGAGGCGCACUUCUGGUGCCAGCCUGCGGAGGAACACUUCCCUCAGGGAGUCCACAGCCAGGUCCACAACCAGGUCCACAACCAAGUCCACAACCAGGUCCACAGCCAGGUCCACAACCAGGUCCACAACCAGGUCCACAACCAGGUCCACAACCAGGUCCACCAUCACAGGACACAGACGCCUUUCAGCGCCUUUCAUGGAUUGCCCCCUCAGAGGUCAUGUGUGAUCUGUGGAGACGAAGCGUCAGGUUGUCACUACGGAGUUGUCACCUGCGGCAGCUGCAAGGUCUUCUUUAAACGAGCCGUCGAAGGACAUCACAGUUACUUGUGUGCAGGACGUAACGACUGCAUCGUGGACAAACUCCGCAGGAAGAAUUGUCCUGCGUGUCGUCUGAGAAAGUGUUACCAGGCAGGAAUGAUGCUGGGAGGCAGGAAGCUGAAGCGCUUCGGGGCCUUCAAGGCCUUGGGUCUGAGUCCGUCCCUGGUGUUCCAGUCCCACCUGGGCGACCCCCCCGGCCUGCCGUGCGUGCACGACGUGCAGUACUCGCACCAGAUGGUGGGCAUCCUGGAGAACAUCGAGCCAGAGGUGGUCUACUCGGGCUAUGACAGCCUGCAGGUUGAAGGUCCUCACCUGCUGCUCAACAGCCUCAACCGCCUGUGUGAGAAGCAGCUGCUGUGGAUCGUCAAGUGGUCCAAGUCUCUGCCAGGCUUCCGGAAUCUUCACAUCAACGACCAGAUGACACUCAUCCAGUACUCAUGGAUGAACCUGAUGGUCUUCUCUCUGGGGUGGCGCUCCUUCCAGAACGUCUCCCAAGAAUUCCUCUACUUUGCACCUGAUCUUGUUUUAAGCCAGGAGCAGAUGAGGAAGUCUCCAAUCUACGAGCUGUGCUUGGCCAUCCAGUUCAUCCCUCAGGAGUUCUCCAACCUGCAGGUGACACGUGAGGAGUUCCUGUGCAUGAAGGCCAUCAUCCUGCUCAACACAGUGCCUCUGGAGGGCCUCAAGAGUCAGCCGGCGUUUGAGGAGAUGCGUCAGAAUUACAUCCGUGAGCUGAGCAAAGCAGUCCACGUGAAGGAGAAGAGCGUGGUUGCCUGCUCGCAGCGCUUCUACCACCUCACCAAGCUGAUGGACGCCAUGCACGAUAUAGUGAAAAAGGUCAACCUGUUCUGUCUGAGCACCUUCAUUCAGGCUGAUGCCAUGAAGGUGGAGUUCCCAGAGAUGAUGACUGAGGUGAUCGCCUCGCAGCUUCCCAAGGUGCUGGCAGGGAUGGUGCGCCCGCUGCUCUUCCACCCCAAGUGAUCAUACCCUCUUUCCUCUUACACCCCAUGUGACCAUACCCUCCUUACUGUUCCACCCCCAAGUGACCAUACCCUCCUUCCUCUUCCACCCUAAGUGACCACACCCCUCUUACUCCCCCCAAGUGACCAUACCCACCUUCCUCUUCCACCUCAAGUGACCACGCCCCCCUUGCUCUUCCACCCCAAGUGACCAUACCCUCCUUACUCCCCCAAGUGACCACGCCCUCCCUACUCUUCCACUCCAAGUGACCAUACCCUCCUUCUUCUAUUCCAAGUGACCAUACCCUCAGUACUCUUCCACCCCAAGUGAUCAUACACUCCUUACUCCCCCAAGUGACCAUACCUUCCUUACUCUACCACCCCAAGUGACCAUACCCUCCUUACUCUUCCACCCCAAGUGAUCAUACCCUCCUUACUCCCCUCAAGUGACCAUCCCAUUCUUACUCUUCCACUCCAAGUGACCAUACCCUCCUUAUUCUUCCACCCCAAAUGACCAUACCCUCCUUACUCCCCCCAAGUGACUACACCCUCCUUUCUCUUCCACCCCAAGUGACCAUACCCUCCUUACUCCCCCCAAGUGACCAUACCCUCCUUCCUCUUCCACCCCAAGUGACCACACCCUCCUUACUCAUCAAACAUGGUAUAGUGUCCAACAUGGCGUCCACAAAACAUCCAACAUGGUAUGGUGUCCAACAUGGUAUGAUGUCCAACAUGGUAUGGCGUCCAACAUGGUAUGGCGUCCAACAUGACGUCCAACAUGGUAUGGUGUACAACAUGGCAUCCAACAUGGUAUGGUGUCCAACAUGGCGUCCACAAGACACCCAACAUGGUAUGGCGUCCACAAGACAUCCAACAUGGUAUGGUGUCCAACAUGACGUCCAACAUGGUAUGGUGUACAACAUGGCAUCCAACAUGGUAUGGUGUCCAACAUGGCGUCCACAAGACACCCAACAUGGUAUGGCGUCCACAAGACACCCAACAUGGUAUGGUGUCCAACAUGGCGUCCACAAGACACCCAACAUGGUAUGGCGUCCAACAUGGUAUGGUGUACAACAUGGCAUUGAACAUGGUACGCUGUCCAACAUUGCGUCCACAAGACUUCCAACAUGGUAUGGUGUCCUACAUGGCGUCCACAAGACAUCCAACAUGGUAUGGCGUCCAACAUGGUAUGGUGUCCAACACGAUGUCCACAAGACAUCCAACAUGGUAUGGCGUCCAACAUGGUAUGGUGUCCAACAC